AUGACGACGCGCAGCGCCGGCCCUAGCACGUCAGAUCCCCUGCUGGAGCGUGCGCGUGAGCGACAUGCGAUCCGCGAGGCUGCUUCCUACACAAUAUGGCCAUCGUCACCCACAGAGCCGUACGUAGACGAGCGGCGUGAGCAUACCCACCGCCACCGAUCGCACCGCGAUCGAUCUCAUCGGUCCAGAACCAGUGACACUGAUCAUUCUCGGCAUCGACAUCAUCACCGAUCGCAUCGGCAUAGAUCUCAUGAGCGCACAUCCUCACGAUCUGCGUCGCCAAGACAUCGAUCACCUCCGUUACCGAAGAAGGAGAAUGUGGCCGACGAAAUCAUUGGGCCACUCCCACUCUCCUUUACUUCCGUCACGGAGGCUCGGUCGUAUGGCCAUCACUUGCUGCCCGGGGAAGGAUCUGCCAUGGCCAACUUUGUCCAGGAGGGCAAACGGAUCCCCCGGCGGGGUGAAAUUGGGCUUGACGCGUCCAAAAUCGAAGAGUACGAACGUGCGGGCUUCGUCAUGAGCGGCUCGCGGCACGAGCGUAUGAAUGCCGUUCGCACACGCAAAGAGUCUCAAGUGCUCUCCGCCGAAGAUCGUCACUCCCAACUCAAGCAGCGCGCUGAGGACCGUGCCCGCAAAGAAGCGGAAAUUAUCGGACAGGUAUGUGAGAGUAUUGUACUCAUGGUAGUUUCGUGA